CUCCCCCUUUCGCGUGGACAUCGAGCUCACCGACCCUACCAAUCUGACCGUGGCGCUCCCCGUUUACAUGGAUGACGCUGCCACACGCUUCACCGUGCACUGGGGUGACGGCGAGGUGGCGGAAGAGGGAGACCUGGAGCCCUACGUCCACUGCGCUGACAACUGCCUCCUAGGCGGACCAGGAGGUGUGGCUGAAGGUACUAGUAGCAACGGCACGACAGCAACAGCAAAGAUUCAGAAGAACCACACUUACGCAUCGACGGGAACUUACUCCGUCGUCAUCCGCGGAGCGAUCACACGAUGGAAGGACCUGAUGGAAAUCUCCGCAGACUACGAUCCCGCGAAUGCGUCCG